AUGACUGCUGUGCAGAAAAGAACGUGGAGGAGUCAAUUCGAUCGAUCAACAUUGUUUUUGUAUCAGUUUGAAGUAUUACGGGAAGAAACAAUUGUCAGGCAAUUCUUAUCCAGUCCGCGUAAUCCUCAAAUUAGAUUCAUUCAUGAGACUAAGGAAGAUUCCGUUAAUAAAAAGAAAGUAUCUGAAUGUGAUGACGAAAGAAAGAAAGAAACUAACGUAGCCAAAUUGACAGAUACAAUAAUAUCUGUAAAUAGCGAGAUCAGAGACCAAAAUUUAAAUGACGAUGAGAAAGACUUGCAAUCAAAUAAUGAUAUUAGACUGAUACCAGAAGAAACCAUCAAUAUUAUAUUAAGUUUACUUUCGGCCGAAAUCUAUAAUCCAAAAACAUCGUGCAAUAGCCCGUUUCAUAAAGUAAUCAUGGCUCAAAAGAGCGUCGCUCAAAAUGUUGUACGGUCUUUACUUGAUAACUUUACUCAGCAAGUACCUCCGCCAAAGAAGAUAUCCUUGUAUCUUAAUACAGGAUUAUUUUACAACAUUGGAUCAGCUGUAGCCUCUGGUCUUUGGUCGAUGGUAUCUAAGACAAAUGCAAUUCCUGAAGAUAAUCGCAAAUCACCUUUGGGAGUACAGUCUUUGCUACUAUUAUUAGCUUUAUCUAGCCAUCAUAUACAAGAUGAAGGAAAAUUUAAUCCUUUCAGGCAUUCAUUAUUUCGGCUUGGAGCUAAGGAAUCUGAUGUUAAUGUUGAGAUCGAAUCUGCACAUUCUGAUGACACUCCUUCCAGCUCUCCGCACGAUUCAUCAUUCAAUAUGAGUCAACUGUACAAUACUAUAUGCAAAGAAUUACAUGCCGAUGAAACGACCCUUUUGUUGUAUUUAUUAUUACAUCGAAAUCCCAGUUUUGCUUCGUAUGUGCUUUCACGCGUUGAUAUAGAUUCUCUGGUAAUACCUAUACUAAAGUUACUCUACGAAGCGGAGGAAAAGAAUUCACAUCACAUCUAUAUGGCUUUAAUUAUACUACUUAUUUUGAGCCAAGAUAGUGGGUUUAACAAUUCUAUUCAUAUUCUGGAUUUACGAUCGGUAGCGUGGUUUACUGAAAGGUCUUUGAAUGAUAUAACGCUUGGAGGACUGUUAGUUUUGAUUGUAAUUAGAACAAUUCAGUUCAACAUGGCAAAAAUGAGAGACAAGUACCUUCAUACUAAUUGCUUGGCUGCUUUGGCGAAUAUGUCCGCUCACUUUCGAGCUCUUCAUCCAUACGUUGCUCAGAGACUCUUAAGUUUAUACGGAAUCCUUUCUAAGAAGCACGCUAAAGUUAGCGAAAAGAUGAGACAGUACGCAAGCCAGCAAAAGAAUGAUAAUAAAUCACAUGAAGAAUCAGAAUCAAUUUUAGAAGAAUAUCAGGAAUCUAGCGAUUAUGCUGCAGAUUUAGCAAUCCUUGAAGAAGUCAUCCGAAUGGUUUUAGAAAUCAUUAACAGCUGUUUAACGCACUCCUUGAAAUAUAAUCCACAUCUAAUUUACGCAAUGCUACAUCAAAAGGAAUUAUUCAUUCAGUUCCGAACUCAUCCUAUAUUUCAAGAUAUCAUACAAAAUAUAGAAACGGUUUUAACCUAUUUUAAUACGCGCUUGGAAGAAACGGGCGAAUCAAACUUAUCUGUAGAAACGGUAUUUAGAGUUAUUAAUGAAGGGGCUCAGUUGUGGCCUGGUGAUAGAUUAAAGUACGUCAAUAAAGACAAUGCCGACAAAGUCAACUCUAUUUGA